AUGAUUAUGAUUAUGCUUUAAAUGAAAAAGAACUUGAAAACCAUUUUGUAAAGGAAAAAUAUAUUCUCAAGAGUUAUGAUUUUAAAUUUGAUAUUGUAAGACCUAUAGAUCAAAGGAGUUCUUGCUUUACAAAGAAAGGCACUUUGCAAGGUGACUUGCAUGCUUUUGGUCGUCGUUUUGCUGGAAGCGAAAAUUAUUACCAAGCAUCUGG